AUGGGAUUUGGAGAGACUAUCAAGAGGUACAUUCACAGCAACAACGCUCAUGGAGAUAAUAACGAUAAAGGCAAAGCGUUGUACCUUAUGGAUUACAAAAGGCUUAAGGGGAUUCUCAAGAAUUGCUGGGCAAACAACGUUGCUAAGACAACCAACGAACCUUGCCAUUUUUGUGUUGAAGUGAGAAGGGAAAGUUAUGAGGUAGAGAGGUGUUUUAGGUACAGAGUAAAAGAAGUGGUGAGACUCCAUGAGGGGCGGGGAGCGGAGAAAUGGAUCGCAAACAUGCGCCGCUAUUUCUUCAACGACCGCCGACAGAUAGCCAAAGAGUGCCGCCGCUUGAUGCAAUAUGCGGCGGACAACGCCGCUAUUAUGCACAAAAUCGUUCACAAGUACAAUCAAGUUCACAAUUGUAAGGGUGCAGUGAACAGAAACUGUGAAUCUACCUUUGGUGCUAAAAGCUUGAAUAUUCUGCAAUCGCCAUGGUUGAAAGAAUUGGGAGCUCUUUAUAUCAAUUUGAACGAAUCCAAUGGUGGGAAGUUCAAAGAUCUCUUCACUCCUUUCUCUUGUGAUCUCAAUCCUGCAGACCUUGCCAUUACUUUGAAUCUUUCAAAAUCGUUGAAACUCGAGUAUAGCAUAACAUGCCCUAUUUGUCUGUUUGAGCUCAUCAAUUAUGAUAAGUAA